UUAAAAAUAUGGAUCCUGAAGCAGAGGGACCACCAAUUAUCAAAGUGACUCCUCUUCAACAAAUGCUUGCCUCUUGUACUGGAGCUAUACUGACAUCACUGAUGGUGACACCCUUUGAUGUUGUUAAAAUUCGACUCCAAGCCCAGAACAACCCAUUCCCCAAAGGAAAAUGUUUUUUAUAUAGUAAUGGACUUAUGGAUCAUCUAUGUGUCUGUGAAGAGGAAGGCAACAAAGCAUGGUAUAAGAAGCCAGGACGUUUCCAGGGAACAUUGGAUGCCUUCUUGAAAAUCAUUCGAAAUGAGGGCAUUAAAUCCCUGUGGAGUGGCCUUCCUCCUACCUUAGUGAUGGCAGUUCCUGCCACAGUUAUUUAUUUUACCUGCUAUGAUCAAUUAACUGCUCUUCUGAGAUCUAAAUUAGGAGAAAAUGAAAGCCGCAUACCAAUUGUUGCUGGAAUUGUGGCCAGACUUGGUGCAGUAACUGUAAUAAGUCCACUGGAAUUGAUUAGAACCAAGAUGCAAUCUAAGAAGUUUUCUUACGAGGAACUGCAUCAAUUUGUCAGCAAGAACGUUUCUGAAGAUGGUUGGAUUUCCCUCUGGAGGGGCUGGGCUCCUACCGUUCUUAGAGAUGUACCAUUCUCAGCAAUGUACUGGUAUAACUAUGAAGUUUUAAAGAAGUGGUUGUGUGCAAAAUCUGGCUUAUAUGAACCGACAUUUAUGAUCAACUUUACUUCAGGGGCAUUGUCUGGUUCUUUUGCAGCUGUUGUAACUUUGCCAUUUGAUGUGGUAAAAACACAAAAGCAGACACAACUUUGGAUAUAUGAAAGUCGGAAAAUUUCUAUGCCUUUGCAAAUGUCAACGUGGGCUAUAAUGAAGAACAUUGUUGCUAAGAAUGGACUUUCCGGAUUAUUUACAGGCCUAAUUCCUCGUUUAAUUAAAAUUGCUCCUGCUUGUGCUGUUAUGAUCAGUACAUAUGAAUUUGGAAAGUCUUUUUUCCAGAAACAAAAUGCUCGAAGACAGCAAUACUAGAGAUGCUAUUUCAACGUGAAAUAACAACCAUGACCAAAUAAUAAGAUGGAGAAUCUUAGACAAGAGCUUUUUUUCACCAUUAUCUUACAAUGGUUUUAUAUCUUUCUUAUCUAUAAUUUAAAUGAAUAGUAAAUUUCUACUUUGCAUUUAAAUCAUAAUCCUAAUUUUUAAAUAAAUUUUUUAUCCUAAUUUUUGAGAUUUUGAAAAAGAUAUUCCAGAAAUCAUAACCAUUGAGCAUUCUUGUAAAGAAGAAUUAUUCUACACUGAAAGCAAUAAUCUCAGAGUUUGAUACAAAUCUUGGUGUAAGUUAAUCCUAUUGGGAGUGUGUCAGAGACAACAGAACAUUUUGAAUUGUGUGCUGAAUGAUGUACAGAGUCUAAAAGAAAAAUUCGCAAAUCUUUUAUACACAUUUAAAUCACAGACAUAGAUAUUUAAGUAUUUCAGCAAAGUAGAUAAUGGAAGGCAGUCUUUAGAUAACAUUAUUCACAUAUACCACAUAUUACCUAUAAGUUAUUUUCUUUAAUUCACAUGCAUUUGGUAUUUUGUUUUUUUACCUUGUUACUGUUCUAAGGCCUCAUGAAUAUUCGGAUUUCUCUGAUCAGAGGUGUAUGGUUAUUUUAUCUUCAUGAACCAAAAAUUAAUAAUUUGUGUGAUAUUGAUGCUGCUAUUUUUGAUGACUAAAGACCCUGUAUUAUCUACUGUCUCUGCAAGAGAGGGAGCUUUUACUGCCUGUAUCAGAUGUUCACUUCAGUCAAACUUGGGUGUGCCCUGGGAAACCACAUUAUAUUCAGACCAGUAAAAAUGCUGUGUCAGCACAGGAAGGGCCUCUGGUUUCAGCUGUCCUGUCACGUAAGUAUCACCAUUUGUGGAGUUCUCUAGGUCAUUUCUAUUGGCUUGUUCUAACAAAAUUGAGACUAUUACUACAGUAUCAGUCACAGAAUAUUUCCAAAAUGUCCCUUGAUUUUACACAUCUCACAUUAGCAUGCUAGACCAAGAACUAAACAGGCAGCAGUUUCCUUGAAGAAAGAGCUUUUGGUCACUGGAGGCUAAUGCCUAAAUAAUUUAGUUAAUGAAUGUAAGAAUGAAAUAAAAAGGAUAUGAUUUCAAGACAAGAAACAAUAUUCUUUUUUAAUAUUUUUGUUUUUCUCAGGAUCUGUAUCCUGUGAGAAAAAGCACUUUAUUGCAGUCUAUGUGAAUUUUAUGAAAAUGUGAAGCAUUUUUUCCCCUAAAAUAGAGUAAUAUAUUUAAGUGACAAAUCUCUAGUGUUUGUUGGUAGAGGAAUUAAUGUAUUUUCUAAUAUAGCAGAAAACUAUUUAUGUUUCACCAGAAAUAAACUCUGUAGCAUUUGUAUUUAACCUUUUGUUUAUUUUAUCCUGUGUUGAUUUACCUUGUUUGCAACAUAUAUAUCCAUAAAAAUAUAUUUAUAACUUUGACUUAUAUUUUCAUUAAAAUAUUUUGUGCUUUCUUAAAAUAUCACUGUGUUUCUAGCUAAAUAUUGUCAUAUAAAAUCAUUAUGUUAAUGCUGUACUACACACAUAUAUAUAUAAAAAAACACACACAUGAAAGUUUAUCUUGAACACUGAUGUUUAACAGUAUUAAAUUUAAAUUUACCUUGGUUCUGCUAUGCUUCUUUUUGAUAAGUGGUAGAAAAAGGCAGAAAAAUUUAGGUUUUGAAAUGCUCUCAAAAAGCGGUCACAUAUUUCAACUUAAUGUCACUUAUAAACAACGGAAGGGAAAUUUUCAUCCUCCCCCCACCCCACUACUGACUGCAGUUGUGAAAAAUUCUUUCUUACUUUAUGACUAGAAUAACUUAAAUAAAUCUAAUUCCCUACAGUUUUUCUAACAUACAUUACAUGCAAUGUAUCUGAAUGAAAAGAAGGCUGAACUCUGAAGCUUUCUCUAUACUUAAGUGGUCCAGAAGCAUUAACAGUAGCAACUGAAAAGCAUUUGGUUACAAAUUGUGUUCUUGGUAAUGUUUCUGAAAGGAAACAGUUUCAUUCUGUUAAUGUUAAUUUCUAACAUACACAUUUAAAUUUUUUAAGAAACACGUCUUAUGCAAGUAUUACAU